AUGAAAGCUCUCCACAAACCCAAACCCCCGUCAAAGACCAACCCCACUGCAAAUCACCUCAAACCACCAUUCAUCCCACUGAAUCAAACCUCCUCCAUCUCUCCACCUAUACUUACAUCCCCAAAUAAUAUUCCUUUACAUUCUCACCAGCAUAAACCAGCUCACAACUUCCAUCAGAAAACUCCUCCCAAGCAAACAAACCAGUUUAGGAAAUCCCACCAAGAAACACUUCCCAAGCAAACAAAUCAGAAAAUCAUCCUUAAGAAACCUCCAUCUACUACAUUACAAACACAAAUUUACCACCCACCAAUUCCAUCCUCACUCUCAGGCAAGCCCCAUGUACACUUUCCCCCAUCCACUAUAAACCCUGUAAGGAUUCCUCAAUGCAGUAACACUCCAUACAAAACAUCUACUCAUUCACAUCAUCCACCACUUCAACAUUCCCCUACUUCACCUCCUGCUAACUCCUACUUAUCAAGGAACUUCAACCCUUUACUUUAUUCCUCCCCAGCUCAUCAAAUUGACAGACUUCAAGAGCAAUUAGAGUGGAAGGAUGAAAACCUUGGGAAAGCCCUGGAAAUGUACAACCGGCUCAAAAAUAUGAUCUCAGAACUAAGAAGUGAGCUUGCUGAGAUCAAGGUGCAAAAUCAGCAAAAUGCUCCUACUCCAACCACCCAGCAGCCACCACCACCACCACCACCUGUGGGCCACACACAGCAGUAG